AUUGUCUUCUUCAGCAAACAGCACAGCUUAGCCAGAUGUUCCAGCCAACUGGAGCAGGUUACUUCGUGCCCACCAUGCCCCAAGCCCAGCGUGGAUUCUUCGCCCCAACACAAAUGCCACAGGUCCGAGCCAGUCCCAGAUGGCAGACACAAGUCCGACCAACACAGCCGACUGCAGCCCCAGCAGUCUGUUGUCAUCCCAGGGCAGGAGCCUCUGACGGCCUCCAUGUUGGCUGCUGCACCACCACAGGAACAAAAGCAGAUGCUAGGAGAGAGGCUGUUCCCUCUGAGCUGGCCGGAAAAAUCACUGGCAUGCUGCUCGAGAUUGACAACUCCGAACCUCUUCACAUGUUGGAGUCAAACGAGUCUCUCAAGGCAAAGCAAACAGCACAGCUUAGCCAGAUGUUCCAGCCAACUGGAGCAGGUUACUUCGUGCCCACCAUGCCCCAAGCCCAGCGUGGAUUCUUCGCCCCAACACAAAUGCCACAGGUCCGAGCCAGUCCCAGAUGGCAGACACAAGUCCGACCAACACAGCCGACUGCAGGUUGGAACACUAACAUAUUGUAUAAAUAGACCCGUGAAGAUCCA